AUGAAACCCGGGUAUCGCAAUCCGAUCCAGGAUCUCCCGCAAGAACAGUUCGAUUUCAUUUUGGUUCUGCUCGACCCUCCAGACCUGCUCGCCUGUUCUCUCGUCUGUCGCUCGUGGCAUGAAGUUGCGUCCGCACGAGUGUUCUCCCACGUCUCUUUCGAGACCGCGAAGAGGUUCUGCGCCUUCUCUACAUAUCUCGAGUCAUAUUCAAGUCUUCGUCCUCACAUCCGAACCCUUACCCUUGGAACGAAACCACAAAUCGGCGAAAAGAAGACGGCGGUCAUUUCCGUCGACGCCGUUGCCCGCAUUGUCAAACUCCUCCCUCGUCUCAGCGAGAUCAACGCAUGGGUCAUUGAGUUCCAAAUGGGUUCGCUGGAGUCCAGCGAAGAGGCCCCGCCGGAUUCACAGCCCGUACCAGAGCCCAAGCCCCUCAAACUGCUGAGGCUAGAGAAGUGCAGCGGACCAAAUCAAGACGGCAUCGAUGGGCUGUACCCGCUCCUCAAGCUACUUUCGCUCUUUCGCGUCGACACCCUCCUGCUGGAUUACGCAUGGAGGACAUCUGGAUCAUUUUACUCUCCAACAAGCGUUCCUGAAAAAUCCCUUUCCAUCCGCGAGCUUCAUUGCGACUUCGGCAGUAUCCGUGUUCUUCCUCUACUCUCCCCGCUCCUCAUUCCAGAAACUCUCAGGGAGGCAGAGAUCAUCGUUAUCGACCUGCCUGACUACAAAGCGAACGCGCGGGAAGUCUUCGAAUUCAACAAGGUCGAUAAAGUGCUCUCGAACAACCUUUACAAUCCCAGGGCGGUCAUAUUCAUUUUACCCCCCGCCCAAACCGAACUCGGACCCCUUCGUGCAACCUUUUCAAGGCUCCACGAAGCCGGCAAGCUGUUCACCGCUUACGCGCCAUACCCGAUGGAAGGUGUUGCUCACUGGAACCCCGCCCAGUAUUCUGCCGGCAUCGACAAGAUUAUUGAACGGACGCGUCCUAAGAUUCCUCCGAGGCCUGCGCUACCGGCUUGA